AUGGCAUCAGCAUCGGCAGAAUCUCCUAACAAGGACCAAAGUAACAACAUGACUUUCAACUUAAUAGUCAUGGGGGCCACUUCCGUGGGAAAAACGUCUCUGAUAAAUCAGUUUGUCCAGGGUAAGAAUAAAAGCCCUUCAACGGAAAACACAAAAGACUUCUACAGCUGCAAAAUUACAGACGGAGAUUUGAAUGUGUGUGUAGAUAUUUUGGACACGCAUGGAGACUUAGAGUUUCCUCAAAUGAUGAAGCUGGCCAUACAAACGGGGGACGCCUUUGUGCUGGUGUAUGCCGUGGAUGACAAGACGUCCUUUCAAAGGGUCUGCUGCAUCAGGGACAUGGUGCUUAAGUGGAAGAGCAAAGAGAAGAAGAACACCAUAAUCGUCGUCGUUUGUAACAAGAUGGAUCUUGAUGUCCCCAACCGUAGUCCUCCGAAGGAAGUCGCGGAAACUGUGGUGGAGAGGGACUGGGGUCAAAGCCACAUGGAAAUCACCACCAGGGACAAAGACGCCGUCGACAAGGUUUUCAAAGAAGUGAUCCAACGACACAUAUGGGCAUGUGGCGGCAGUGCUGCGUCAGGACAACGGAAAAUGACCUCUCCUGUUGAAAUGAUCCACAAACUACGAAGGAGGCUUACACUAAGAAGGCUAAAGCCAUCUUCUUAA